UUUGAAUUGUUUUCUAAUAUCUUAGGUGUGUCUUUGAAGCGAUUUGAUGAUUUUGCAUCUGUUGGGCUGCCAACUGUUUUGGACAUGAAUUUUGAAGUGCAAGGAACAGCUAGUCCUCGCAGCUACCAGCGCCAUUUGCCAGGUAGCGCAAGAGGCAGACCACAGUCAGCAAUAAAUCCAAUUACAGGAGAGGAAAUUUGUUAUCAGCCUACACCAAGAAAAACAGAAAAACCUAAAGGACCUGUUUCAAACGGAAAAGGAGAUGGCAUCCCAUCGCUCAAUCUAAACUAUCUGAAGGAUGAUGACAUACCCUCUGGUGCCAUCGACAUUGAUCUUAACGACUACUCUCUGGACACUCCAGGGUCAGCGAGUACAGUCAGUUGGGGAACUUCUAGAUCCAACCGAAACGACUUUAUGACAAACAAGUACUCUCAGAAAUCAGCUUACUCUACAAGACGUCCUGAAGGUGUUCCUGGGCUUAGUCUUGGUGACUCCAAGCCACCUCCAGCUUACAAAAAACAAGAAAAACAGCCAAACGCAUGGGAUGGGGAUCCAGUGCCAGGCAACCUGCCUGCCCCAUCAGCACGGUACAAAGAGAUGUACAAACAGUAUGAAGAUGAUAUGAAGCAGUCGUAUAGAGAAUAUGCUCAUCCUGCAAAAGUCAAUCAGAAAGAGGUUGAAGAGGCUGUACAGAGAAUUCGUAGCUCCCGUCAAGCAGCGAAAAAACAAGAGGAAGCUUUGCAUGCUGAAACACUGAGUCUAAGCCCUGAUCCAAAAGAGUUAAAUGAGAGCUGGACGAAACAGAGACGUUCAAGUAAACAAAUGCUGAAGAAAAUGGAUGCAGAUGAAUUGGUGGAGCACAACAAGAAGCAGAAGUUGGUGGAAACGGUCAUGAUUGAUCAGCUGAGUCGAGCUGUGAUCAGUGACCCACAACAGGAUACUCGCACUACGUCAAGACCCACAUCAACCAGGUGGACAAAAGGCAGUAACAGAUAUCUCCAUGAUUCCAAAAUUAGUACAAGUUCUACAGCCACAGAAAACUUGCUGUCUAAGAGAAUGCGAUUUGGUGCAAGAAUCCUUACGAGAAAUGGUAGUGAUGCAAUGAAGGAGCUGACUGGCUUUUACUUUGCGUGUGACAAAACACUGACAGUUUAUGAGUUCAGACAGUUUGGCAAGAGUGCUAAGGCAAUGCCUUUCAUCUAUCGUGGGCAGUACUGUCAUAAGUCUGGGCCAAAGCAGGGACGACCCUUUGGUUUGAGUGACAUAUAUGUUGGGGCAAAUUUGAAGAUAUCCACUGAAGGUCAGCUUGCUCUCACAGACUCUCUUGCUGAAAAUGAUGUCAUAGUUUUACGAGUGACAGAUAUUGAUGAAGGAGAAAAGGAAGCUCUUAUGGAUGAGCAAGAAGACGUUGAUGGUAGAAUGCACGCCCCAAGUAAACUUGAUAUACAGAACAAAGAGUUCUUGUAUAUGAUUCAAGAUGAAGUCCGAACUAAGAUCCAAAAGCGUGGUAUCAGAACAGUUACUGGUCUGGGUCGAUACUAUCGCAAACUUGAUCAGUACAAGACUGGGAUUUUGGAUCAAUAUGAUCUGGAGAAAGGCUUGAAAACAUUUCGAAUCAAUUUGGAGCCAGAGACAUUGGAAGAACUAUUUGACAUACUUGAUCCUGAAGGUAUGAGGCUUUUGGACUAUGGAGACUACAUGCAUGGAAUUCUCGGAGAAAUGAAUGAAUACAGAAAAUCCCUCAUGAGAAAGGCAUUUCACAAGCUUAAUUGCAGCAAGAAAGGGGUCAUUCACAUCAGUGACGUCAAGAAGUUCUUCAAUGUCAACUCAAAGUACAAGACUGCCUCAGGUGGAGACUCGGGAGUCAGCGCGUUGCAAGCCUUCCUGGAAGAUGUGCGAGAAAAUGAAAAGCAAGAACUUAUCUCUUUUAUUGAAUUUGAGGAAUACUACGAGGGGUUGAGUUUAGGAAUCGAAAGAGACGAGGAUUUUGCGAAUGUGCUGCACAACACUUGGAACAUUUAAAAAACUGUCAGUGAUUCCUAUUCUGGUUUAGCAGUAUUCUUGUUUUGACUCUUAUCACUUGCACAUAUCACGUUUUCAUGAUAUAAAACUGACAAAGUCGAGUCUUUCCACUUUGUAAUAUGGAGGAUGGUGGUCGUUAUACAAUUGAUCUCAUAGAGAACAAAGGUAUAAUCUACAAGUAUUACGAAUAUAAUUUCACAGGUUAGUUUCAACUUAUUUUGUGUUCACAUGAAACUUUUCUGCUUGAAUGCCCAAUCUAGGAUCAACUUUGAUGAUGAUGAUCCUUCUCCCAAUUUUAUGUGCGAGCGGGAUUUGAAAUUACUUUUUGUCUCGCCUCCCUGAGAUACUCCUUAUUGUGGGGAAAUAACUUGACAAACUCACUGCGUUAAUAGCCAUGGUUCUCUAUUCGUGACAAGGUGUUUAGAGAAUGGUACCGGUCAUCAGCCCUUAUAUGACUUAAUAUUUUUGCAAGGGCUGUAAAAUUCUUACUAAAGCUAAAACUUACUGGUUGGUCCUACUUCUUUUCUAUACCCUUAUGGUUGCAGUCUUUCCCUCUUACUUUUUUUCCAAGCCCAAAAUGAUGUUGAUUGUGUCUCAAACCUUAUAAAAUAUCACACGUGUACAUAUAAUGCUUUUGUAAAAAUUUGGUUAAGGCAGGUAGAGAGGAUGUGCCACAAUACACGUGUUAAUUGCAUAAUAUUAAAGGAUGAGCUGAUUUGGUGGUGAGAGAAAUGGGUUACUUGUGAGAAGACGUCCCUAUUUAACUGUUGAACUGUCAGGAGGUUAUAAAUGUUGGCAGGCCUUGGGCAGGAGGCCUAAUUAACUGUCAAGGUGUUGCUGUUCGAAGAGUUAGUUUUAUGGAUUCGGCAGUGUGGCCACCAAAAGGGAAAUGACCUGAUUUUUGUCAGGAGGCAAUUUGGUUUCCUUUUUUCCAGCUUGUGUGAACAAAACUUAACUCUUUAUCUCCGGCAAGUCACUCCCAGCGGCUCGCAGUCGGAACCACUGUGCUGGCUCGGGCCCAUUCCUUUACGCCGACUUCGAUAUCAAAUUACUUUUCAGCAAUUGCUGAAAACAGGUCUCUUUUAUGGGAAUUUCAUUCUUUAGAUGAAGAACUAUCAAACUAAGUUCACUUGUUUUGAUUUAAUAGCAAUGUAGUGACGAUUUUGUCAGUAUUAGAUUUAGUACCAAAAAAAGGGCCCCGGCAUAGUGGGUUUACCCCCCUCCGAGAUAAAGAGUUAAGGAACAUAAGGAGGGAACAACAUAAGGUGCAUGAUUCAAGAAACAAAUUAAUAAGAUUGUCAAUAUGCAUUUUAACCAGUGGAUUACACUUGAACUUUGAAAACUGAGGUGCUGAUUAUGAAAAUAUGAGAUUAGAUUUUUCAUCGGAACUUCAAAUUGGAAAUUAUUUUAGCUCUUGUUGGGCUAUGACUGAUGAGGCAUCACACAACCUGACUAAAAUGCAACAUGCAGCAUUCCAACUGACCCAUCUUUUGUUGUGGGGAGUCUUGUCAUUUUAGCAAACAUAUCCAAAUGGGUUAUUUUGACAUGUUAACGAAAUAUCUAUUUAGAAAUGUUAUAUUCAUACCACUAACCUUCCUUGGUUUGCCAGUAGCUUAAAACUUUAAAAAAAUGUAUUUAAUGUUGUUUGACAAAUGGUGUCUGGUACUUUAAGAACUGUUGAGAUGUUUAUCUGAAGAAUGUGUUUGAUGUGAAUGCAGUGAGUUAACCCAACCUUAAUUUGACUCAUUUAUGGUAGCUUUCUGCAUACUAAGCUCAUACAAUUCUCUCUGAGGUAAGCAAUGCAUUACUUGGUGUGUUGCUAUCUUUAGCUUUCUAUAAAGUGUAUAUAUCUACACAUAUUCCAAAGCAAAUUUGAUAUACCAUAAAGAACACACUAGGGUAGAUCAGACAUCUGCCUUUGAUUGUCAUGGUGUCUAGAAUGAAGGAGUAUUUAAGCAGCCCUUUUGUAUAUUUAGAAAAAUUGUAUUUGUUUUAUUUAUUUAAAACAUUGAUGAUUGUUUUGACUCGACAUAUAAUGUUUGUAUGAAGCAUUUUUUCUCUAAGAAAAAAGCAGUUUGGUGGUUGUUUUCCUCAAGCAGGGUGCUACACUUAAUUUGUACUUACUUGCAUUUGUGUGGAUGUGUUUUAUCACAAUGUACACUAGUGAGAAACACCACAUGUUGUUACGUGUUCAUGAGUGGUGUCAAAUCAUUCCUCUGUUUGAAGUUCUGUUUAUUUGAAUUGCGAAUUUCAUGUGAACAGAUAUAUUAAAAAUAAAUUUAAGUCACAUUCCAACUACAUGUGUAGUGUAAAGCGAGGCAUAGAUGUUGUAUCAGAAUUGUUGUUGCUGCAAGGUGAGUCCAGUGUAAAGUAUCAUAAGCAGAAUGUAUUGUUUCUGUAACUGUUUGAGAUCCAUUCUGUUGCCAUAGUGACGCUACUCAUUGAUUUUAACCAGCAGAGAAACAUUUUUAACUGUUGAACUUUCUACUAAUAGAGACAUGUUUGAUACUUCAAAAUUCAACCCCCAAAAAAUAACAAUUUGUGUUACCUAUUAAUGUUGAUGACAUGUGUGAGACAAGCACAUACUUUUGUAGAUUUCUUAAUUCUGUUUUUAAAGACUUGCAUGGACUUGGGAAAUUUUGAAAAUGAGCAUCCGGUCUGUACUUGAGAUGUUUCUAGAUGGGGCUUGAACCUCUAAAGAGUACAAAAAACCAUUCCACAUAAUCACAAUGUCGAACGUUUAUAACUUUGCUGUAAUAUUCUACAUGUCGAAUGCUGCACAGUCACUUCUUUGGACUAGACCACCCAGUUUUUGCCAAGGAUUUGGCACUAGCCAGUAACAUUAUACACCUACUUUUCUUUUGAAUGACACACUUUGUAACUAUGUCUGAAGGCAUUCAGUUCGGUAGAAGCAAAUUGAAGAGUGGAUUUUCCAAAACACAAUAUAUUCAUUUUUGAUGAAAGAGGAAAAAGUACCUUAAUUACACAUGGUGAUUUUGUAGACAUAUUUUCAUCAGACUUACCUCUACAGGCAUACAAAAGCAGAUGAAAGAAAAACAGCGGUUUAGAGUAACAACUUGACGCUUAUAUGACCUUAUGCAGUUGUGAGCGCCGUAAAAACCCUCUACUAAAAAAAAAAAGAAAAAGAGUAACAACUUUUUAUAAAAAGAUUUUCUCAAUUUUCUCACUUUAAAGUAAACUACUGAGUUAUUAUUGAGUUUACUAAAACAUUCUUCUCAAGCCAACUUCAUUCUUUGACAGUCAACUCUGUGAAAGUAUAAUUUCAUUUUACAGUCACAGUUUGCAGUGUGGCUUCUUGUUCCUUGUUUUAUUAAAAUUAAGUGUUCCUUAUCUGUCAGGACUGUUAUGAUAUAUACAUUCCAUGUUAAUGGUUGUCUUGUAAUGUAUUUUAUGAACAUGUUUUUUUUUCAACAAAUAAUCAUAAUAAAGUCAAAGUCACUUGUG